UGCGUUGGCCAGCUGUGCGCGCGGUCCGAGUGUUUUGGCGGAUGUGAAGGACUGUGCGCAAAUGAAGGAUAUGAAGAUCUUCGGCUCUUAAAGAGACAGAGAGAUUUUCAAGCAGCAGUCCUGCUCUGUUAGAGUUGAUGAUUCAGCAGGAGAAGCCGUUGUCGGGCGUCAUGCCGGUGGUGUGGCCCACGCUGCUCGACCUCAACAGAGAUGAAUGCAAACGAAUUCUGCGCAAACUGGAGCUUGAAGCGUAUGCAGGUGUGGUCAGCGCACUCCGUGCUCAAGGAGAUCUCACUAAAGACAAGAAAGAGCUGCUCGGAGAACUCAGCCGAGUCCUGAGUAUCUCCACAGAGCGGCAUCGAGCGGAGGUGCGCAGAGCUGUGAAUGAUGAGCGCUUGAACACCAUCGCUUAUCACAUGUCGGGUCCGAACAGUUCGUCAGAGUGGUCUAUCGAGGGUCGUCGUUUGGUUCCUCUGAUGCCCAGACUGGUUCCUCAGACUGCAUUCACUGUGACGGCUAAUGCAGUGGCUAGCGCUACAGCUCACCAGAAUGCAUCGUUGCUCCUGCCCGCUGAAACCGGAAAUAAAGAAGUGGUGGUGUGUUAUUCAUACACCAGCACCACCUUCACUCCUCCCAGCGCGUCGGCCCCCUGCAGUAGCUCCAGUGCAGCUGCAGCCGUUAAAUUACCUCAACCUGCAAGCCCCGCCUCCAAUGUAGUGGUACUGCCCAGCGGGAGUACGGUCUACGUCAAGAGCGUGAGCUGUUCCGAUGAGGAUGAGAAACCUCGUAAAAGGCGGAGAACCAAUUCCUCAUCCUCCCCCGUGCUGCUGAAGGAGGUGCCUAAAGUGGUCACGCCCAUUUCUAAAACCAUCACGGUUCCUGUGAGCGGCAGCCCGAAGAUGAGCAACCUGAUGCAGAGCAUCGCCAACUCUCUCCCGCCGCACAUGUCACCUGUGAAGAUCACCUUCACCAAACCCUCCACACAGACCACCAACACCACCACACAGAAGGUCAUUAUUGUGACGACGUCUCCCAGCUCAAACUUUGUGCCCAACAUCCUGUCGAAGUCUCAUAACUACGCUGCCAUGUCUAAGCUGGUGUCGAGCGGCGCGCUCACAGCGGCCAAUCAGAGACAGACCAUGGUGAUUUCAGCGGGCUCCAGCCCCGCCCCUGGACCCAGUCCUGUUGCCGUGACGACGAUGGUGUCAUCCUCCCCGUCAGUGGUGAUGUCCACGAUCGCACAGGGUGGCUCGUCCACUGCAGUUAAGGUGGCCUCCACACGUCUGCCAUCUCCUAAAGCUCUGGUUGGCUCUCCGCCGCAAAUCCUGCAGAUUCCCAAACCGCACACGCAGUCACAGCAGACGGUUGCGGCUCAGUCUGUGUCUCCUAAAGCGAUGCAGGUGUCACCCGUGUCCUCCACUCAGAGCGCUGGCACGCCACCCGGUGCCAAACCCACCAUACAGAUCAAACAAGAGUCAGGUGUGAAGAUCAUCACGCAGCAGAUGCAGCCCAGUAAGAUUUUACCCAAACCCUCCAGUGCCGCACUGCCCAGCAGUAGCUCCGCCCCCAUCAUGGUUGUCAGCAGCAACGGAGCCAUAAUGACCACCAAACUGGUGUCCGCUCCCACAGGUACUCAGGCGACAUACACGCGUCCGUCAGUCAGUACUGCUCUCGGCGCUCGUGUGGCCACUACCCCUGCUGGAGCCACUUACGUCAAAACCACCAGCGGCAGCAUCAUCACAGUCGUGCCCAAAUCACUGGCCACACUGGGAGGAAAAAUCAUCACCUCCAACAUGGUGUCCGGAACUACCACUAAAAUCACCACCAUCCCCAUGACAUCUAAACCCAACGUGAUCGUGGUGCAGAAGACCACUGGGAAGGCGACGACCAUCCAGGGGCUGCCGGGGAAGAAUGUGGUCACCACGCUGUUAAACGCAGGGGGAGAGAAGACCCUGCAGACGGUGCCCGGAGCGAAGCCCGCCAUCAUAACAGCGUCUCGUCCCAUCACUAAAAUGAUUGUGACGCAGCCCAAGAGUCUGAGCACCGGUGUUCAGCCCUCCACCACCACCAAAAUCAUCCCCACAAAGAUCGUCUACGGACAGCAGGGCAAAACACAGGUUCUGAUCAAGCCGAAGCCGAUGGCAUUCCAGACUGCGGUUGUGAGUGAGCAGACGCGGCAGUUAGUCACGGAGACGCUGCAGCAGGUGUCACGCAGCGCAGAUGCAGGCGCAGUCCAGGAGGGGGCACCGAAAGAUGAUUCACCCUCAUACACAGAGAGCGGCCCAGCGUCUGCUGACAUCACACAUGAAUCUCAGCCUGUAGUUCACGUGAUCACCUCCAGAGGGCAGGAGUGGACAGGAGAGGAAGUGUCCGUGGAAGCGUCUCCCACCAUCAUUUAUCAGGACCUGACGGGAGAAUCACAAUCGGCCACAUCCACCAUCAAAGCCCUGCUGGAGCUGCAGCAGACCAGUGUGAAGGAUAAAGGUGACUCUAAACCACGGCAGCACACAAUUGAUCUGAGUCAGAUGGCAGUGCCCAUCCCGCUGCCCACUGAGAGGAGACAGUCACCAGAACCAUCCAAUCAGAGUGCAGCAGAGUCUGAACCAGUCACUGAAUGUAUGCCUACAGGUAAAGCGAGUAAAGCUGUGAUUGCUGGAGAGGUCUCUGGAUCCAUCAGUCAGAGUCAGACGGUUUUCUGUCCUUCAUCAGCAGUGAAGAGCAGCGUACCGUCACCUUCAACAUCUGCACACGCCACACAACAGGAGCAGGUGGUGUUGGAGGAGGGCGGGUCAGAGGGCGACACGCUGGACCCUCAGACGGGUUUAUUCUACCGCUCGUCGCUGCAGCCUGUGAGUCAAGCUCCUCCCCCUCUUCAGCAGCACCGCCCAGCUCCGCCCACUCUCAGCAAACCUGUGGCCGGCCCUGCUGAAACGCCCACAUCCUCUAAGAGGGCGGAGCCUACCACACCCAGACCGUCUGUUCAGAGAGAGAAACCCGCCCCCUCCGCCUCUCUUUUGCCUUCUGCUGGCCCUCCGCCCUCCGCCUCGAACCCGCCGCACACACCUCAGCUGCCCAAACUGCAGCAAGCGCCCACGUCACACAACAGACCCAACACGCACAUGCAGCUGUCGCAGCCGCCGCCGCUGCAGGCGCAUCACCCCGUGGGCUCCGGCAAAACACCCAGCAGCAUUCAGGUGCAGCAGCCCAUAAUAACCCAGGGCGCCACGGUAACCAAGAUCACGUUUGGCGGUCAUCCGUGUCCGCCAGUGUCCAGCAGCGGCGAUGCGUCUGUAAAACUGCAGGCGGAGUCCAGCUCGAGUGUGACAGCGUCUGAGAAACCGUCUGUGUCAGACAUCCUGAAGAUCUCCAUGAUGGAGGCGGAGAUCGACCCGAAUGCUGAGCACAUGCUCGUAGACUCGUCCAGUGACAGCGGCCCGCUCACCAAAGCUCCGCCCACCUCGUCUCUCAUCAGCAGCUCUAAACAGACGCACACACACGGACCGUUCGGCCGCGUCAAGAGUAAAGACGUGGACAUCAUACAGGUGAUUCCUCAGUACUCCAUCAUGCCCGACUCCAGUCAGUCGAAUGUGGUGGUGGAACCCAGCGGCUUUCUGGAGAUCUCAGAUUUCACCAGCCAGCGUCUAGAUGAGGAGGCCGCCAUGGAACAGGAAGUGGACAGCAGCAAUGAUGAGGGGGCGGUGGCCAGCCCCAUGGAGACCUGUGCUGACCAAUCACAGUGAAGCGUUCUGACAACAGUGGCGUUUGGUUGUGAAGUGCAUACUCCUUUAGACUUUCACAUGAACUCGUGAGGAGUUUGAGAGAAUGACUGAGAUGUAAAAAGACCGUCGGCAUUCUCGUCCUUUUAUGUAUCACAGAGACGAAUCAUUUUCUAUUUGUUUAAUCACGACUUUAGAGAAACAUUUCACAGGUCAAACGUGUGACAGUGACUGCACAGCGAUUUACUCUCUUCAGACUUUUGUGUUUUCCAGCGAAAUGUUGCUUUAUCCUGCAAAACACAGAUUUCAAAUGGACAAAGUCCAGAUGUUUUAAGUAGCACUCAUGGUAGGAUACAGACUGCUGACUCUCAUCAGAACAUGAUGAUGAUGGAAAUCUGUGAGCGUGGAUGCUGCAAGCCGAAUUGAUGAUUAAUCCUGUGCAGGAAAUACAUUCAAUUUUCACUAGUUAAAAAAUGCAACAUUUUUGAUAUCAGUAAUUUGGUUUGCAUUAGUAGAAAAACACAAUUCUUGAUAUCUGUAACUGCAUUUUCACUCCUUUUCAUAUCUUUCAACUUUUUACUAGUUGAUUUUCCAAUUUCACACAUGAGCAAUGCACAUAAAUGAUUACAUUGUCACUAGUGCAAAUGUCCAUUACUGAUAUCAACAACUGAAUUACAACUAGUAAACAAAUGCACAUUUCUGAAAUCUGUACUUUGGGUUGUUUUGUAAUGUGAUUGUAACUAGCGAGAAAGCCGUUUAACAUCUCUUUAAUUACUCUUCAAUUUAAUGAAAUCUGAAAUAUCAAAUCUAAUAUGUUGAAAUAAGUAGCAUUUUCACUAUUUGUAAUUUAAGUGUUGAUAUCGGGAAUUAAUGUUUUAAUUAGUACUUAAAACAGUGUAAUUAUUGAUAGAAAAAAUGAUCAUUUUUACCAGUAAGAAGUGCAAUAUGGGGCAACAAGUUAAAUAAUUAUUGAAAUAUUUAAAUAAAUUAAAUACAUAAUGAAAUUGUAAAAAAAAAAAAAACGAUACAAUUAUUAAAUGAACCAUUAACUCAGUAAAUGUCCCUUGUAUUCAGUUUGAGCAUUCUCUUUGAGUUUGAUUUUUCAUUUACACGUGAGAUUCGUGUGUUUUCAUUUUCAGGGUCACUCAACUGAAGACAUCCUCUUCUCUCACUGAAUCGGACCUAAUCCAAUGUUACGGUCAUUUACAGCAUUUAUUGCUUUAUAUGUGAUUGUCAAUGUUUCUGGUUGGUAACUUCAUCUGCAAAUCUCUUAUUGUACCACGUUCAGCCGUAGUUGCAGUGUGAAACUCACACACCAGAAAGUGCAGAGAAAUGGACUUUAAAAGGUGACGUGCCGACAGCAGUAACCCUGGAAAUGAAAUUGAAAAGACCAUGAAAAACCAACCCAAAGAUAAUCCAAAAAUGAUACACCGGGGAUAUUUAUUGAUUUAUUCAGUGAUUUAAUCAUUCAUUUAAUGAUGUGAUAGUUAUUUUAACGAAUACAUUUUUUGGGCCAUAAUGCAUCGCUGAUAUGUGAAAAAUUGGGAUUUCAUCUAGAAAGAAAUUAUUUAUUUGCGAUUUGAACCGGAGUGAAUUUCAAAUGCAGUUACAGAUAACAAGAAUUAUUUUUUACUAGUUGAAAUUUCAUUUUUGAGACCAAGAAUGAACAUUCUGAUUAGUGCAAAUGUAAUUCCUGAUAUCAAAAAUGUGCACUUUCACUAGUUAAAAUUGAAUUGUCAUCAAUAUUCACAUCCUGCAUGUGAUUAAAUAUGAAAAGGGCUUGUGAUAGAGACUCAUACGGCGCUCCUGUCCAGAGUGAUUGAAGUCUUGAGCUCUUGAUUGACGAUGUUUCGUCUCUGGUUCUGUUCUGCUCUCUGAUUGGUGUAAAUAACGUUUGCUCGGUUGUGCUGCUGUCUCUCAUUCUGAAACACUCUUGUAAAGCAGUGUGUUUCCUCUCUCUCUCUCUCUCUCUCUCUCUCUUUCUCAUUUGCUAAAGAAAAACUCUCCCUCUGUGUAUCGUUUAGCAUUUUAACUGUAUAAACUUUACUACAAACCUC